CUGUACCGACAGUUGAAUGGUACCAAAACAAAUCAAGCCCUGCUGUACCAAACCUACUUCUCCUACUCCUGAAGAAGAAGCAAUACUGUAAAUUCGUGUUAAACGCGAUGCUGCUUGUUGUGAUUUCAGUGAUAAAAAUAUUGAUAAGAAACUGAUAUUAAUGUUUAUCAACAGAAUUUGUGUAAAUAAAUAUCACAAUAGACGCUGAUAAGAAAAAUAAUUACCAGGGAUCGGGAAGAAAAAUGAACUAUAAACAUUCCCUGAUACUUCUAGUCAUAGUUUACCACGUUAACACACAGGAAAUAAGCGUCCUCGAUAAUCCUUACACCCGUUACGAUGGUGUAGGAUCAUCUACGACUAAUAGAUAUGGAGACAUAAAUCCAUACACCCAGGAUCCUUACGGGUCGAAUAAUAACAAGGAUAAUUCAGAUCCUUAUGGAAAUCGAGGACAAAGCGACGUUUAUGGUGGAAGGAGUGGAGAAAACAACCCCUACGGGGGAGGAAAUUGGAGGAACAAUGCAUUUGAUUCAGGAAGAAGACCUUUCGAUGCUCACACUACGCUAAUCCAGGAAGCGACGUACUUUAUAGUUGCUUCUAAAAUGGUCAGACCGGGUCAAUUAUAUAGAGUGUCCGUUACAGUACUAAAGGAAACUCAGCCUUUGACCGUUAGGGCUUCUAUUCAAAGGAACGGAGUGGAAAUGUCUUCAGAUCAUAAGAAAGUGAAGGAGGGUAUUCCAGAAACUCUUUUAAUGAGGGUACCGACAACGAGCGCCCAAGGUGAAUAUAAGUUGAGGGUCGAGGGAUUAUAUGAUAACGUUUUGGGUGGUGCUCAGUUUAUCAACGAGACGAUUUUGACGUUUUCCCAACGUUCCAUGACAAUUUUUAUACAGUUGGACAAACCGGUUUAUAUGCAGGGAGAAACUGUACAUUUUCGUUCGAUACCCAUAAAUACUGAAUUGAAGGCAUUCGACGAUGCCCUCGACGUCUAUAUGCUAGAUCCCAACGGUUACAUAAUGAAAAGAUGGUUAUCUAGACAAUCGAAUUUAGGUACGGUCAGUUUGAACUACCAAUUAUCAGACCAACCGGUAUACGGAGAAUGGAAAAUUCGAGUCAUAGCCCAAGGACAAGUAGAAGAAUCGACAUUCCUGGUAGAAGAAUACUACCAAACGAGAUUUGAGGUGAACGUAACUAUGCCCGGUUUCUUCCUAAACACCGAACCGUACAUCCACGGUAUAGUCAUGGCGAAUUACACCAGCGGGGCACCGGUAAACGGUAAUCUAACCCUAAAAGCGACGGUUAGAUACAUAAAACCAGUAGAACCCAACCAAAGGGGCACAACCAACCAAAACCAGUACCAGUACGACCCAAACAAACCGUAUGAUAUCAAUAAUCAACCUUAUGAACCAAUAUAUGAUAAUUAUUACAAAAAUCGACCCAUAGUGGAGAAAUAUUUCACUUUCAAAGAAGAACUACCAUUCUGGAUAAAAAAUACGGUUAAUUACUAUGAACCAGUACCGACAUUAAAAACGUUCAGGGGUGUGUACGAGUUCCACUACCCUAUAAGUGAUCUAAUGUCAUACGUAAAUACCUUGGACGGUAUAGAAAUCCUCAUAACCGCCACAGUGGGGGAUAGAUUCCUGGAUGAAGUUAUUGAAGGGUACUCGACCGCGAGGAUAUUCAAUUCCAGUAUAAAAUUAUCGUUUUUGGGAGGAUCUCCGCAAGUUUUUAAACCUGGUAUGCCCAUAACUGCCUACCUGGUGGCUUCCCAUUAUGACGGAUCCCCUUUGAGUGAGGAAGUGUUGAGUAAUAGUGUGGUGGAGGUGAUGGGGAGUGUCGAUGUGCGCGGGGGGGCUAGGAGGGACGUUCCCCAACGUAAUUUGUAUCAAUCUGAUAGUGAUCCAGGUGUGUGGGUGUACAAAAUGGAUCUUAAGAGGGAGUUGGGUGUAAGCGGACCCAAGGCAUACGAGGAACUCAGUCAGUUAAGCGCUGUAAGAAUUCAAGCUACGUUCAAAAAUGGUUACACAGGUGACAGGGCCAAUGCGGAAUUACUUUUACUAGCCCAUUACAGCCAUAACGACCAACACAUCAAAGUUAUAACCAGCACGAUCGAUCCGAGAGUCGGGGAGUACAUAAUAUUCCACAUAAGGAGCAACUAUUACAUCGAAAAGUACAGCUACCUCAUAAUAUCCAAAGGAAUCGUCCUGGUAACAGGAGACCAAGACAUGGGCGACUACGUCAGUACCAUGGCGCUAGCUUUGAGCGCCGAAAUGGCACCCGUAGCCACCAUAGUCGUAUGGCACGUCGGCCAUAACGGCGAUCUAACCGUAGACAGUUUAACCUUCCCCGUAAACGGAAUCAGCAGAAAUAAGUUCAAAGUUUUCAUCAACAACAAAAAAGCCAGGACGGGACAUAAAGUAGAAGUGGCCAUAUACGGAGAACCGGGCUCCUACGUAGGACUAUCCGGCAUAGACAAAGCGUUUUAUACCAUGCAAGCCGGAAACGAACUCACCUACGCCAAAGUCAUAUCCAAAAUGUCGACCUUCGACGAACAAACCAACGGUACCCACAAACACAACUGGUUCUCCCACGAAGGUUACCCCGACGAGAUUAUCAACUUCCCGAGCGGCACCUUCGGAAUCGACGCCAAUAGGACAUUCGAGUUCGCGGGCUUGGUGGUAUUCAGCGAUUUCGCUUUACCGAGACGACCGAGCUACUGCAACGCCACCCAGGGAUACGGGGAAUGCUUGAACGGACAGUGUUACCGUUUGGCGAAGAGAUGCGACUUUUAUAGGGAUUGCGAAGACGGUACCGACGAAUCCGGUUGCCGGUACGACAACGGUACCGAACUGCAAACGUUCAGGAAAUUCCGUUUCAAUAGGGUGCAGCGCCAAUACGAGAACGUUUGGGUAUGGAAGGACGUUAAUAUCGGUCCUCACGGUAGAUAUAUCUUCAAUGUACCAGUACCGGUUCGACCCGUACAUUGGAUGGUGUCCGCCUUCUCCAUGAGCCCUUCCUUGGGCUUCGGGAUGAUUCAGAAACCUAUCGAGUACGUGGGGGUGUUACCGUUCUUCAUAAACGUCGAAAUGCCCAAUACUUGUAUGCAGGGUGAGCAGGUCGGGGUGAGAGUAACUGUUUUUAAUUAUAUGACGGAAGAUUUGGAGGCUACGGUCGUUUUGAACGGUUCCCCCGAUUAUAAAUUCGUUCACGUCGAAGAGAACGGUAUAGUUAGGGCUUAUAAUCCGAGGACGUCCUUCGGGGAGCAUCAAUUUUUCAUAUUUAUAAAGGCCCAAGACGCCGUCGUCGUUUACAUACCGAUAGUACCGACUAGAUUAGGCGAUAUUUACGUCACCAUUCACGCUUCCGCCCUAAUAGGCAAGGACCAGAUCACGAGGAAGCUUCACGUCGAAUCGGACGGUUUACCGCAGUACCGCCACCAGUCGAUGUUGCUCGAUUUGAGUAACAGGGCGUACGCCUUCCAAUACAUGCACGUCAAUAUAACGGAAACGCCCAUAAUUCCGUACGAGUACGACAGGUACUACGUGUACGGCUCGAAUAAGGCGAGGAUUUCGAUUGUGGGGGACGUGGUGGGGGCGGUGUUUCCUACUAUGCCAGUAAAUGCUACUUCGUUGUUGAAUUUGCCGAUGGAUUGCGGCGAACAAAACAUCUUUUCAUUCGCCGUCAACAUGUACACCCUCCUAUACAUGAGAUACACCCAAAUAAGAAACAGAACCCUAACCCGCGACGCUUUCCACUACAUGAACAUCGGCUACCAACGCCAAUUAUCCUUCAUGAAACCCGACGGUUCGUUCAGCACCUUCAGAAGCGAUUGGAACCAAUCGGUAUCAUCGGUGUGGUUAACGGCCUACUGCGCUCGGAUAUUCCAAGAAGCCAGUUUCUACGAAUGGGAAAACUACAUCUACAUCGACCCAAUGGUGAUAUCGAAAUCCGUCGAAUGGCUACUAUCCCACCAAAGCGAAUCCGGAGCUUUCUGGGAAGAAGACUGGCUACCGGAUAGAAAAUACAAUUCGACGUUGAACAACGACCAAGAUCCCAUCAGAUACAGAAACAUCACGUUGACGGCCCACGUGUUAAUCACUUUGGAAGCCGUUAAGGACCUAACAAGUCAUCUGAGUUCGAAAGUGGCAAUAGCGGCGAGGAAAGCGAUCCAUUGGUUGGACAGGAACAUGGAGUUGAUACAGAAACGAGGAAACGCCUUCGAAGUGGCUAUCGUAGCUUACGCCUUGAUGAAGAACAAAGCCGCCAACGCGGAAACCGCUUUCAUCGAAUUAUCCAGCAGGAGGAUAUCCGAAGGGGGGUUGCUGUAUUGGGCUAGGAAACCGGUGCCGCAACCGCCUUACAAAAUCGAAAACCAGAAACCGUUCCUUCUACCCCGGUUGCCGUACGAAUACGAUUCGGAAAAUAUCGAAGCCACCGCCUACGGUUUGAUGGUGUACGUCGCCAGGAACGAGCAGGAAGUCCUCGUCGACAACAUCGUCAGGUGGUUGAACACCCAGAGGUUAACGGACGGCGGUUGGGCCUCCACCAUGGAUACCGCUAACGCCAUGAAGGCUCUCAUCGAAUAUACAUCGGCGCAACGUAUCAGGGAUAUUUCCAGUUUGUCGGUUACCGUCGAAGCUACCGCUCUACCGGGCGAGACCAAAGUUUUGUACGUUAACGAUUUGAAUUGGUCGAAUUUGCAAUUUAUCGAUAUACCGAACGCUUGGGGUACGGUCAAAGUCCAGGCUAAAGGUACCGGUUACGCGAUAUUGCAGAUGUCGGUGCAGUACAACGUCGAUAUCGGGAGGUUUCAAACCAAACCGCCCAUUAGGGCUUUCGAUCUUCGUACCAAGCAGUAUUUUUACGGAAGGAAUCAGUCGCACAUCACGUUUUUCAGUUGUCAGAGAUGGAACAAUAUGAACGAAUCGGAGAGAUCCGGUAUGGCCGUAUUGGACGUAACCGUCCCGACUGGUUACAUCGUUCAACAACAAGAUCUAGACGCCUAUGUUCUAUCGUCCAGAGUGAAAAAUUUGCAGAGGGCAAGAUUUUUCGAAAGAAAAGUCAUUUUCUACUUUGAUUACCUCGAUAACCAAGAAACGUGCGUAAACUUCACCGUAGAAAGAUGGCAUCCGGUGGCGAACAUGUCGAGAUAUUUACCCAUAAGGGUGUACGAUUAUUACGCCCCCGAACGUUUCAACGAAACAAUCUUCGACGCUCUAUCUUCUUACGUCUUGGACAUUUGCCAAGUUUGCGGCAGCAGUCAAUGUCCUUAUUGCGAAAUAUACAAUUCGGCGGAAUUCGUCCGAAUUUCGCGAUUUUUCAUAACAUUCACAGUAUUAAUGACAAUAACGAAUCUCUUUGUUUGAAAUUUUCCUUUUUUUUUUUGUAAAAUUGUAAAUAGUUUUCACGAAAUUUUAGUGCCUACCCAAAAAAAAUCAUAUCAUACCUAAAAUACAUUUUUUCUAGUACAAAUCCAUCGGCAGCAUUUUAAAUUUGUUCGUACCCUCGUAUAUACCGACCUCCGUUAUAAUACUAUAUCGAAUCGAGGGGCAAAAAACGUGGCAACGUCGCGAUUUUUGUAUAAAACCGACAAACGAUUAAAGUGCAAAUGAACUACUCGCGAAUACGAGGGGUGUACCGUUUUAAAUCGUUACAUUAUACACAGGUGUUAUUUAGUUGGUUUUUUGUGGGGUAAAUAUAGAAGGUUGGUGUCUUUUAGUAUCUACCCCCCAAAAAAAUUCACAUAAUAACCUAAAAUACAUUUUUUCUAGUACAAAUCCGUCGGCAGCAUUUUAAAUUUGUUCGUACCCUCGUAUAUACCGACCUCCGUUAUAAUACUAUAUCGAAUCGAGGGGGGUUAAAACGUGGCAACGUCGCGAUUUUUGUAUAAAACCGACAAACGAUUAAGGUGCAAAUGAACUACUCGCGUAUACGAGGGGUGUACCGUUUUAAAUCGUUAAAUUAUUUAUUUGGAUAAAUAUGGAGGCUUCGUAUAUUUCGGGGGUGAUUAAUGCUGUUUUUUAGUCUUGAAAAUACCGUCCAUUAGUCAUUACUAAUUAAUUUAGUGUUUUAGGUUGUAGGGGUUUAUCGAGUUUGGGAAAAUUUGAUAUUCGUAUACGAAAAUGAAAUUUAUAGACGAAAAUUUCAUUUAGAUAUUAAAUUUCGAUACGAUUUUGAUUUUUAUAUGGUUUUUUAGGUUGUAGGUUUUUUAUAUUUUGAUUUAAUAUAAAAUUUUGUUAAUUUGAGCCUUUGAACGUUUUUUAUCCUUUCUUAAUUUGAAAAUUUGUUUAUUAUGAUCCUUUACGAAAGUUUCCUUUCCUUGGUCAUUUGAACUACUGAUGUUUUUCUUUGUUUUCGUUCUCUAAUGAUCAUAAAUACAAUUUCCUCGUCUAAAUUUAUCCAUUAUUGGAUAAAAACAUGUCCUAGACGUUUCCAAGCUUUGAAUUUUUGAGAUAUAACUGUUUUUCGCAAUUUUUUUCAAUUUCUUUUGUUUCCGUGUGAUUUUUUGCAAUCUUUGUUGGACAAAAAUACGUCUUGGACGUUCCCAAGCUUUAGAUUUUUGAGCUAGCACUGUUUUCCUCGCAUAAUUCCACAAUUUUCCUCAAUUUCUUCCAUUUUGUGGCAUUUUCACCUCCCCUCUAAUUCCGAUCUAGUUCUUCUCCAUCCUUUCAUUCACAAACCCAUAUCCCCAAAAGUACCACCUCCAUUUUUAUGAGGUACAGUACCAAACAAAGCAAAAAAAAACAAAACGAUUUCAAUUUUUAUUCACAAUAAACAAAAAAAUACAAAAAUAACAAAAAAACUUCAUAUUAAACGUUCAAAAUAUUUGUUUUUUCACAUUUAUUUAUGUAUCGGUAGAAAAGAGAACAUUUGAAUCUCCCCCCUAUAGCAUAACAUCCUCAAUUAUUCUCGAUUUAAAUUAUAUAUAAAAAAAUUUGUACAUGGUGUUAAUUUUUUUAAAUAAAUCAUCAAAACCAA